CGGUGCACUAUUUUUGCCUCAGGUUUGUUUACCCUCAGAGGUUGGAGAGCCCGCCUUUGGAUCUUGGGGACAUAGUGACACCGAGCGAAGGAAGGCGCUGUUCUUUCGCACAGAUUGGGACCUUCGAGUGCCCGACACCGUCCGGGCAGCUCCGCGCUCGCUGGACCUACAGAGUCCCAUGGCGGCGGCCUCGACUAGGAACCCGGCUGAGGGUGGUGUGACCUUCGAGGACAUUGCCAUCUACUUCUCCUGGAAGGAAUGGAGACUUCUUGAUGAGGCUCAGAGACGGCUGUACCAUGAUGUGAUGCUGGAGAACUUUACGCUUAUAUCCUCCCUGGGUUGCUGCUGUGGAGCAGAGGAUGCGGAGGCACCCCUUGAACAGAGCGUUUCUGUAGGUGUGUCACAGGCCAGCACGCCCAAGGCAGCUCUGUCUUCCCGGAAGACCCACCCCUGUGAGAUGUGUGGUCCGGUCUUGAGAGACGUUUUCCGCUUGGCGGAGCAGCAGGGAAAACCAAGCAGCCAGAAACUGUUGAGGUGUGGGGCAUGCGCACAACGAUUUUACUUCAGCGUAAACUUUCAGCAGCAGCCGGAGCAGCACACGGGAGAGAAACCAUUCAGAAGUAGUGUGGACACGGUCUCUUUUAUGAAGGGAUAUGGAUUCCAUGAUUCAGGACAGCCCUUUAUCUGUACAGAGGUUCAGAAGGACUUCCUGCCUGGCUUGGUGCAUCUGCAGCAGGACGCCAUUCAUACUGGAGAGAAGCCAAACACAAUCAGCCAGUGCAGGGCAACUUUGCAGAGCAGUAAAGGUCAUUACACUCGGGGAGAAUGCAAGGAAGCUUUUGGUCCCAAAUAUACACAUGUUCAGGAUCAGGGUGUCCAACCUGGAAGUCCAUGUUUUGUGUGCAGUGAAUGUGGGAAAACAUUCAGGCAAAAAUCUUUAUACACUAUCCACCAGACAUUCCAUACUGCACAAGGACAUCAUGAGUUUGGCGAAGGUGAAAAAUCCCUUAGACGAAGGUCAGCUCACAGUCUGUACGGAAAGACUCACACUGGGUCUAGGCAAUACACUUGCAACAAAUGUGGGAAAUCCUUAAGCCAGAAAUCAGUACUUAUUCAUCCCCAGAGAUGGCAUAGUGGAGAAAGUAAUCAUGUUUGCAGUGGAUGUGCAAAAUCUUUUAGCCAUCGCCAGAUGUUGAUUACACGUUCUGUUCAAACCUUAGAAAGGCCUUAUAAUUGUGGUGACUGUGCAAAACGUUUUACCUCUAUCUCUGCUCUCAGUUAUCAUCAGAGAUCUCACACAGGGGAAAGACCUUAUGAGUGCAGUGAAUGUGGGAAGUCUUUUAUCUCCAGUACUGGCUUCCGUUCUCACCAGAGUGUUCACACUGGAGAAAAGCCUUAUGAGUGCAGUGAAUGUGGUAAAUCAUUUUUCUCUAGGUCUGACCUCCAUUAUCAUCACAGAGUUCACACUGGGGAGAGGCCUUAUGAGUGCAGUGAAUGUGGCAAGUCCUUUCACCGAAGAAAUAACCUCAAUGUACACAUAAAGGUUCACUCAAGUGAGAGGCCAUACGAAUGUAAUGAAUGUGGAAAAUCUUUGAAGUGUAAGUCUUCGUUCAUUCAACACCAAAGAAUUCACACAGGAGAAAGGCCUUAUGAGUGCAGUGAAUGUGGGAAAUCUUUUACCACUAGUUUUGUCCUUCGUUCUCACCAGAGAGUUCACACCGGAGAAAGGCCUUAUGAGUGUAGUGAAUGUGGGAAAUCCUUUACUGCUAGCUCUGUCCUCCAUAAUCACCAGAGGGUUCACACAGGAGAAAGGCCUUAUGAAUGCAGUGAAUGUGGGAAAACUUUUACCACUAGUUCUGUCCUCCGUUACCACCAGAGAGUUCAUACAGGAGAAAAGCCUUAUGAAUGCAGGGAAUGUGGCAAGUCCUUUCCCCGAAGAACUAACCUGAAUGUACACAUAAAGGUUCACUCAGGUGAAAGGCCUUAUGAGUGUAAUGAAUGUGGGAAAUCUUUUAAGUGUAAGUCCAAACUCAUUGAACACCAGAGAAUUCACACAGGAGAAAAGCCUUAUUUGUGUAGUAAAUGUGGGAAAUCUUUUAGUCGUAGCCACGCCCUCCAGUAUCAUCGACAAAGUCACCUUGGAAUAAGGCCUUAUGAGUGUAAUGAGUGUGGGAAAUCUUUUGCUUGUAGUUCUUCCCUUCGAUCUCACCAAAGAGUUCACACUGGAGCAAGACCUUAUGAGUGCAAUGAAUGUGGGAAAUCUUUUACAGCUAGUUCUGUCCUUCGUGCUCACCAGAGAGUUCAUACUGGAGAAAGACCGUACGAGUGCAGUGAAUGUGGAAAGUCCUUUCUCCGAAGAAAUAGCCUCAAUGUACACAUAAAGGUUCACUCGGGUGAAAGACCUUAUAAGUGUAAUGAAUGUGGGAAAUCUUUUAAGUGGAAGGCAACAUUCAUUCAACACCAGAGAAUUCACACAGGAGAAAGGCCUUAUGAGUGCACUGUAUGUGGGAAAUCUUUUAUCAGUCAUCCUGCUCUUAGUUAUCAUCAAAGAGUUCACACUGGAGAAAGGCCUUAGGAGUGCUGUGAAUGUGGGCAGUCUUUCAGCCAAAGCUCCAGUCUCACUCAACAACGGAAGGUAUAGUAGAUGAAGCCCUUCUGAGUGAUCAAUUAUGAAUUGUUUAUGUUCACUAGAAGUUGUAUUUCUCUUCCUAUCCUCUAUUCAGGAUUAGCAGAUGAUGUCUUUGGGAGGUAAUUUGAAUCAGAAUGGGUCAUGAGUGUGGAUGGAGCCCUCAUGAAUGGGUUUACUGUCUUCAUACCAGUUCUAAGAGAGCUUGCUUCCUCUGUGUACCAUGUGAGGACCCUUUUGAGAAGAUCAUCUAUAAAUCAGGAAGUUGCUCCUCACCAGACAUGGAACCGGACCCUAUAGGGAAUGUUAGUUUGGCUAUCCAGCCUCCAGAAAGAAGUUUCUGUUGUUUGCAAGUCACCUAGUUUGUGGUACUUUGUUAGAGCAGCCUGAGCUAAGACAUGUGAAGAAUGUGGGCAAUCUUUUGGCGAAGGAUACAGUUUCAUAAAAAUCAGAAAUUACCCUGGGUAAGGCCUCAUGAGUGAGGGGAAUGACACAAUUCCUUUUGCCAGUCCUCUGUCUUCAUUGCAUACUCAGUUCACACUGCCAAAGGGCGUUAAGGUAGCAGAGCAGGUGGUAUUUUCUUGAGUAGUGUAAUCACAGUGGAGGAGUGCCUUUGUGAAGCAGCCACUUAGCUGGAACAAACCUUGUUCACUUGAAUGUCCCCAGUGGAGUGACUUACCCUAAGUUCCAGCUAUUUGGGAAAACUUGAGGAGCUGUGUUGUGCUUCUGAUGUGUCCAGAGUCAUUGCUAGAUUGAAGUGAACAAAUGACUCCACUUUGAUACCUGACAGGUCCCCUAAUGUGCAUCAAUCACCGCCUACAUGCUUAAGCAUGUUACCCCUGUGCAUUGUCAUUGGUGAUGGACAUUAUGGGUAAUUGGAACUUCACAUUCCCUUCUAAGUUAGGACAUGGAUGUGAUGCAGUGUUUAUCCACAGUACCUGAUCUGAGAUUUGGAUAGUGUCUUGCAGAUAAAGAGUAAAUGUCUUACGAUAUUGUUGGUCUUGUGAUGCUUGUGAUAAAUCUAUGCAGCAUCCAAGUCCCAACACAGGUAUUUGCUGCCACAUAUUGCUCUGGUUUAUGCAUUAAUAAAUGCCUUUUUUGUUUAAUUACUUUAGUCUUAGGUGUUGUAUUCUAAUGGGUUAUUUGAAAGCAGAAUUAGGCUCUUCCAGCAGUAAGGAGUGAACAGAUUUCAUUGCAUCCCAAGCUUGCUGUGUUCUGGAGAGGAUAAUUGCAAAUAAAUAAUAUGUACGUGUGCACUCUCCAGCUUGGGUGUGAAUUUGCAUUAUGACCCACUACCUUUCUUAUGGGCUGAAUUGUGAAUCCAAAAUACCUAUGUUGAAGUUGUGGCCCCCAGUAUGUCAGAAUGAGACUAUAGUGAAACACAGGAUAUUUAAAGAUAUAAUGAAGUUGAAAUGAGGUUAUUAGGAUGGACUUUUAGUAUGACUGGUGUCCUUAUAAGAAGAGGACCUGAGGAUAGAGGACCAGAAGAAUGACCAUUUGAAGACAGGGAAAUCCCCAUCUCCAAGCCAUCUGCAUCUCUCUCCAAGGACAGAGGCCUGAGAAGAAACUAACCCUGCUGAUUUAUGUCCAGUUUCUAGAUUCCAGAUUUGUGGGCAAGUAUAUUUCCGAUGUCAAAUCACCCAUGUGGUACAUUAUUAUGGCAGUUCUAGCUAAUACAGUCCCCUGUGUUCUAUAUCUGGAUUCUGUGGUCUGGAUGCCAGGAUUUUUCUUGUGCUCAGAGGUCACCCUGAAGAGGGAGCAUCUCCAGUGGUUAUGAAACCAUCUCCAGUGGUUGUGGAGACAACAUGAAUAUUUUGCUUGUCCACAGCUGAUACCACAUACUGCCAGGCACUGUUGAGUGGAAUAUCUACCUCAAAUUCUUCAAAGGAGCCAUGUGGGCGGAUGCACACUAUUCGUGUGUUACACCACAGGGGCAAGGGAACUGUAAUUGGUAAUCUAGAAGAUAGGGUAAUGAGGGAGUAGAGGAGACAUCAGCCACAUAGUGGAGUGUAUCUCUUACAAACAUGUAUCCACAGAUGUUCUAGUGACUGGCUGGGCAGGAUCAGUGUGCACAGAAAUUCUUCACUAUCAGACAUAUGUAUCCUGUGCAACAGAGCUCAUUGUAUCUGAAGUCUCAUAUCCUCUCUGGUGUUUACAUCUCAAGGCCAUUGUGUGCAAGAGGAAAAGGAUAGAGGACAAGGGUGGUUUCAAGUCCAGGGUGGUAGCUUUUUUGACACACCUAGCCAGCAUUGUUGUUGGUACCAGCUGUGCCUGUGGCGGAUGCUUGUUCUGAAACAUUCACCUCCCAAGUAGUCUCCCAGGUACUCCCCAGCAUCCUUGGCUAUAAAACCCUGUCUUCCUGAAUUGGUGGUGCAGGGACCGACUCCUCUUAUGGGUGCCAAAGUCACGCUUCUGUCCCUGAGUCCGUAAAUAAACCAUUUCUCCUCAAGCUGGACUUCUCAACCUUUUCCCUUGCUUAAGGUUUGGAGGUCAUUUUGCGUAUACGUCCCUUCUAGGCAAUACUACUAUUUUCUUCUCUGGAAGUAUACCACUAUUUACCCAUUCAUCUGUUUGGACCAUUUGGGUUACUUAGAGUUUUGGCGUUUGUAAACAAAGUGCUCUCUCAAAAUUUUCAUUAGGGUUGUCUAUGUGGACAGAGGUUUCCUUUCUCUUGUGGUGUGACUCAAAGCGCAAUGCCCGUCACAGGUAGGUUAGUGCUAAUAUUUUUAAGAAACUGCCCAAAUGUGAUCUAAACUUCAGUUCUGCAUUCCCACCAGCAUGUAUGAGAGUUCCAGUGCCUCCAGUCCCUGCCACUACUUGAUAGUGCCAGUCUGUAAUGUCAGCCCAUUUCAUAAGUGUGUAGUACUGUUGCCUUUGCAUUUCCUAGGGGUGUUGAUUUUGAGUAUUUUUUCGUGUGUUUAUGUACCACCUGUCUAUCUCCUUUGGUACAAUUUCUGUUCAUAUCGUUUGCCCGUUAUCUUUCCGAUGAGUUAUGGCUAUUUCCAUUUUCAUUUACAAAUAAGAAACGCAUACAACAAUGGUAUGUAUUCUAAUUUUCCUCAUUCUUAAAUGGUGUGACAUUUUGCUGUAUGGAGUCAUAGUAA